AUGAGCCACUCGGGACCCUCUGAGGGAAUGCCGAUUGGGCCCCCUGGGGCGGCAGACAUGCCUUCCUCAGCAGCCCGCGCUCUUCAUCAUGGCCUCAUGCCGCUCACCAAGGAGGUGGCCAAGGGCAGCAUCGGGCGCGGCGUACUUCCCGCGGUGGAAUUGGCCAUAGAGCAGAUCCGAAACGAGUCGCUUCUGCGCCCCUACUUCCUCGACCUGCGGCUCUAUGACACGGAGUGUGAUAAUGCGAAAGGACUGAAAGCCUUCUACGAUGCAAUAAAAUACGGGCCAAACCACUUGAUGGUGUUUGGAGGCGUCUGUCCAUCUGUUACGUCCAUCAUCGCGGAGUCCCUCCAAGGCUGGAAUCUGGUGCAGCUUUCCUUUGCCGCGACCACACCCGUCCUGGCUGAUAAGAAAAAAUACCCUUACUUCUUCCGGACCGUCCCGUCAGACAAUGCGGUGAAUCCAGCCAUCCUGAAGCUGCUAAAGCACUUCCAGUGGAAGCGAGUGGGCACACUAACCCAAGACGUGCAGAGAUUCUCCGAGGUGAGGAAUGACCUGACCGGGGUUCUGUAUGGUGAGGACAUUGAGAUUUCAGACACCGAGAGCUUCUCCAAUGACCCCUGCACCAGUGUCAAGAAGCUUAAGACGCCACAGCAGUACGAGAGAGAGUACAACAACAAGCGGUCAGGUGUGGGGCCCAGCAAGUUCCACGGGUAUGCCUACGAUGGCAUCUGGGUCAUCGCCAAAACGCUGCAGAGGGCCAUGGAGACACUGCAUGCCAGCAGCCGGCACCAGCGGAUCCAGGACUUCAACUACACAGACCACACGCUGGGCAGGAUCAUCCUCAACGCCAUGAAUGAGACCAACUUCUUCGGGGUCACGGGUCAAGUUGUGUUCCGGAACGGGGAAAGAAUGGGGACCAUUAAAUUUACUCAAUUUCAAGACCGCAGGGAGGUGAAGGUGGGAGAAUACAACGCUGUGGCUGACACACUGGAGAUCAUCAACGACACCAUUAGGUUCCAAGGAUCCGAACCCCCAAAAGACAAGACCAUCAUCCUAGAGCAGCUCCGGAAGAUCUCCCUACCUCUCUACAGCAUCCUCUCUGCCCUCACCAUCCUGGGGAUGAUCAUGGCCAGCGCUUUUCUCUUUUUCAACAUCAAGAACCGGAACCAGAAGCUGAUAAAGAUGUCGAGUCCAUACAUGAACAACCUCAUCAUCCUGGGAGGAAUGCUCGCCUAUGCAUCCAUCUUUCUCUUUGGCCUUGAUGGAUCCUUUGUCUCUGAAAAGACCUUCGAAACACUUUGCACUGUCAGAACCUGGAUUCUCACCGUGGGCUACACAACCGCCUUCGGGGCAAUGUUUGCAAAGACAUGGAGAGUCCACGCCAUCUUCAAAAAUGUGAAAAUGAAGAAGAAGAUCAUCAAGGACCAGAAACUGCUUGUGAUCGUCGGGGGCAUGCUGCUAAUUGACCUGUGCAUCCUGAUUUGCUGGCAGGCUGUGGACCCCCUGAGAAGGACGGUGGAGAAGUACAGCAUGGAGCCGGACCCCGCAGGACGAGACAUCUCCAUCCGCCCUCUCCUGGAGCACUGUGAGAACACCCACAUGACCAUCUGGCUUGGCAUCGUCUAUGCCUACAAGGGGCUUCUCAUGUUGUUCGGCUGUUUCUUAGCUUGGGAGACCCGCAAUGUCAGCAUCCCCGCGCUCAACGACAGCAAGUACAUCGGGAUGAGCGUCUACAAUGUGGGCAUCAUGUGCAUCAUCGGGGCCGCCGUCUCCUUCCUGACCCGGGACCAGCCCAACGUGCAGUUCUGCAUCGUGGCCCUGGUCAUCAUCUUCUGCAGCACCAUCACCCUCUGCCUGGUGUUUGUGCCCAAGCUUAUCACUCUGAGAACAAACCCAGAUGCAGCAACUCAGAACAGACGCUUCCAAUUCACUCAGAAUCAGAAGAAAGAAGAUUCUAAAACGUCCACCUCUGUCACCAGCGUGAACCAAGCAAGCACAUCCCGCCUCGAGGGCCUGCAGUCCGAAAACCAUCGCCUGCGAAUGAAGAUCACAGAGCUCGAUAAAGACUUGGAAGAGGUCACCAUGCAACUGCAGGACACGCCAGAAAAGACCACCUACAUUAAACAGAACCAUUACCAAGAGCUCAACGACAUCCUCAACCUGGGGCACUUCUCCGAGAGCACAGAUGGAGGAAAGGCCAUUUUAAAAAAUCACCUCGAUCAAAAUCCCCAGCUGCAGUGGAACACAACAGAGCCGUCAAGAACAUGCAAAGAUCCUAUAGAAGAUAUAAACUCCCCGGAACACAUCCAGCGCCGGCUGUCCCUCCAGCUCCCCAUCCUCCACCACGCCUACCUCCCGUCCAUUGGAGGUGUGGACGCCAGCUGUGUCAGCCCCUGCGUCAGCCCCACCGCCAGCCCCCGCCACAGACAUGUGCCACCCUCCUUCCGAGUUAUGGUCUCGGGCCUGUGA